AACCCAGUAGAAACCAUCACAUAACUUCUAAUGGUUUCCACUACAAAUACCAUUUCAAACCAUCAGCUAACCUUUAAAAUUGUUACCAUUACUGGUAGUAGUACCAUUACUCAGUAGCACUAAUAUACCCCCUCACCGUCCAUCAGCGUGUGUAAAUUUAUUGGUACACACAGGUAAACUUCCUCUUUGUGUAUUUUCAUAGGAACACAUUUGACUGCCCACUUAUUAUAACCAGGUCAGUGAGCUAAGCGAACAUGCAGACACAAAGCUGAUCACAGCUACAUUUGUUAACAGCAGGGAUGAAGAUGCUUCAGCUGGUUACGAUUCUACUCACGCUGUCCGGUGUUUUCAGUGAUUGGGGUGUGAAAUAUCCGGAUAAUCCGAUCUGUGCUGUGAGAGGAUUCAGUGUCCCCAUUCCCUGUAGUUAUUAUUAUCCAACAUCAAAUCCCAAUAUUCAGGUGACACAAAUGCUGUGGUGCUCAAUGAACUCAAACACAGAUAAGUGUCAAAACCCCCCGUAUGUUUAUAACAGCGCAUCAAUCACCACAUCAGACUUUGAGUACGCUGGAGACAACAAAUCAAACUGCACUUUGUUAAUCCACAAUGUACAGUUCAGUUAUUCUGGAGUGUACAAAUUCAGAUUUAUAACUGAUAAUCCCAGUGGAAAAUGGACAGGUGAACCUGGAGCGACUCUACAAGUUGCAGAUUUAAAGGUGUCACUAAUCAGGCUCAGUGGAAUCGGAACCCUUAAACAAGGAGACUCGUUAAAUCUGACGUGUGAUGUGAACUGCACACAAAGUUCCUCACAGUUUGUGUGGUCUAAGAACAACGAGCGCUUAAAUACAUCAGGACGCGUUCUUCACUUUCCUGCUGUAACCGUGAGGGAUUCUGGGAAUUACACCUGCACUUGGAAAACCAACAGGGCGUCAGGAUCUGAAACGAUCAGCCUUCACAUCGAGGGUGGUUGGGGUGUGAAUUAUACCACGCCGAUCUGUGCUGUGAGAGGAUUCAGUGUCUCCAUUCCCUGUAGUUAUUCUUAUCCACAGCACAAUUAUCAAGUGACACAAAAGCUGUGGUGCUCAAUGAACUCAAACACAGGAGGGUGUGAAAACCCCCCGUAUGUUUAUAACAGCUCAUCAAUCACCACAUCAGACUUUGAGUACGCUGGAGACGACAAAUCAGACUGCACUUUGUUAAUCCACAAUGUACAGUUCAGUUAUUCUGGAGAGUACAGAUUCAGAUUCAUAACUAAUGUGAGCGGUGACAUGUGGACAGGUGAACCUGGACAGAUCCUACAAGUUUCAGAUUUAAAGGUGUCACUAAUCAGGCUCAGUGGAAACGGAACCCUUAAACAAGGAGACUCGUUAAAUCUGACGUGUGAUGUGAAGUGCACACAAAGUUCCUCACAGUUUGUGUGGUCUAAGAACAACGAGCGCUUAAAUACAUCAGGACGCGUUCUUCACUUUCCUGCUGUAACCGUGAGGGAUUCUGGGAAUUACACCUGCACUUGGAAAACCAACAUGACGUCAGGAUCUGAAACGAUCAGCCUUCUCGUCGAGGGUGAAAAUCCUGAUCAUCAGCCAAACUGGAUCAUUGCUGUGGUGACAUCUGGAGUGAUUUUCAUCAUCUUAGUCCUCUUAGGAGCUGCGAUUUGCAACAGAAGGAGGAAACCCGACGCUCCGGAAGACAACAGCAGAAACGCUGGAGAGCAAACACAGUCCCCGCAGGUAAAGCAGCUUCCUCUGCCCAAUGAAGAAGUGCCGCAGCAGGGGGAUGUGACUUAUGCAUCUGUGUGUAUCAAAGACAACAAUCUGAACAAUGGGCGUGUCCACACUGAGCAGAAGAAGGAGGACAUAUCUGUUAUCUACAGUACUGUGACAAUAAAAUGAUCACGUCUUUGACAUCAUAUCUUGAGGCGCUUAUUUUACUCAGGCAGCUUAAAAGGAAAAAAAGGCGUGUGACUAUGCAACCUGGCACGCUACUAGAAGAUGGAUUCAGAGUGCACAGUGGUGACACCUGCUGGUGAAGAGGAUGUUUUACACACACUCCUGCUGCCCAGUGUGAUGUGAUCCUGACACACUCCUUCUUCUUGAUCAAUCCUAAAUGCUCUACUCCUGCUUCUUCAUCUUAGAGCUUUCUACAGGUCCACCUCACAUUCCUGCUGCAGUAGAUAAUCUCAUCUGGACACCACAGAUUUGAACUUCCUAUGACCUGCAGCUGUAAUUAUAAAGACUGGUUGUAAUGUUGGAGAUGACAUUAGUUAAGAGCUUUGAUAAUAUAUUACAUUUGCAUUUUCUUCUUUGUUUGUCUUAAACUGUAGUAAUAAACAUAUCAAAAAUCUA